AUGGGCAAAGCCAUCUCCCUCCUCCGGCCACCGCGAGAGGACGAGGCGGGGAAGAUGGAGCUGAGGAAGCGCCCGAGGCCGCGGCGCGUCGACCCGGACUUUGUCUCGUCCCCGCCGCCCCUGCCGCCGAGGAAGCGGGCGCGGAAGCAGGCAGCGGCGACCAAGCCCAAGGAUGCCGCGGGGCCGCCGAAGCGACAGCUGCCGAGGAAGAGGGCGAGGCGCCCGGCGGUGGGCAUCGGGUGCCCCGUCGCGGGUCUCCAUCGCGUGACGUGUGGCCGGCAGCCGCCGCCCUUGCGCAUGUCGACGCGCUUCCUCUUCCGCCCUCGCCGCCCCUUCAACUGGUACGAGCCGGACUUGUGGACGGAGGUGGCCAAGCACCUGUGCGGCUUCGACCUGCUGCGCCUCUCCUUCACCUGCCGCUGGUUCCACCGCCUCCUCGCCGACGACUCCAUCUGGCGCUACGCUUUCUUCCGCGACCUCGACCUCUCUGAUGCCAACCCGCGCGUGCAUCGCCCGUUCUACCGCACCUGGCGCCACCUCUACUUUGCCGCCUUCGAUGGCACCCACGCGUACUCACUCUGCCAGAGCGGCGAACACCGCAGUUCGUGGCGGAUCGGGUCAUUCCUGCUGGACUCGCCGCAGAUGCUGCUGAUGGGGAAGCUGCCGGUGCCGAAGUGGCUGCCGCCGGAUCUCGACGACGUGCAGGCCAGCAUCGCGAUGAUGGGCGCCUGCAAGCUCCACAACGCCCGCCCCGGAAUCUGGAUCACCGACAUGCAUGUGAUGCGAUGCCCAAUGUGCAACCGCAACAGCUGCCGAGGGAACAAGCAGAUUCUGGACGCACGCCACUCUGAGCUGUUCCUGGAGGAGGCGUACUGGGAUCAGACCUUGCAGUACGAGCACCUUGGCGAGCACUUCCAGGACGAGGAUGUCGCCGACGCCUUCUGCGCCAUCGUCAACGCAAAGCGCCUCGCUUCCCCAUCCACUGCAUUUGUCCUCAGCAAGUCCUGGGCCGGAAAGUGCGACGAUAUGCUGACCAAGCAAUGUGCCUCCGCGACCGCUGCUGCCAUCCACACCAAUCUCCAGCCCAACGGAGGGUUGGCAUCGCAGUUCGAGGCGAUGCGGGACACGGCCCGGGAUGGUCAGAUCGUGUCCGUGAGGAUCUCGCAGAUCCUCUUCUGAUUCCUAACCUGGGUUCAUCGUUUCUCGCGGAAGACCCCUGAUGCACCGUAGAAUGUGUUAUUGCCUAGCUGCUGUGAGUUAUGCUAGAAUAGGCCAGGCCUCUCUGUUACUGCUACAUUGCUGUCUACACUGUAGAGAUCAAGUUGAUCAGAUCUUCCGACCUUCUGCUUAAGAGUAAAUUCCCUAUAUGCCAUUGUAAAAUUGAGAUGAUCCCUUAUGUGCCAUUGAAAAUUAGCUGAUCCCUUCUAUGCCAUCGUUUUUAAUUUUCCAUCCCCUCAAUGCCAUUGCUGUUAACUCUCCCUAACAGAUCCGUUAAAACUUAUGGC